UCGAAGUGUUUAAAACUGAGUGCAGGGAUUAGCAGUUUAGAACCUGUUGAGAAUUGAAACAAUUUUCAAUUGGAAACACCGAUUGCUAUAACUUUUUCUUUAGUUUACGACUUCACUGACAUCGCAGAAAUGGAACACAGUUUAUUCCAGUCUCUCUUAGGCUUUGCCCUGCUUGUACAAGCAUUUGGAACACAAUUAAAAGAUAACAGGGAGAUUUGUCUGUUGCCCCAGGACGACGGACCUUGUAGAGGUCUCCUACCUCGCUACUACUAUAAUAGAUAUACUCUGAGAUGUGAGGAGUUCAGCUAUGGAGGCUGUGAGGGAAACGCCAACAACUUUGUAAACUUAGAAGAUUGCGAAAAAACUUGCUGGAAAAUAAGAAAGGUCCCAAAAAUCUGUAGAUUUGAGCCUGAAGAGGGACCGUGCCGUGCAAUGGUGAAAACAUACUUCUACAAUUUCACUGCAAUGGAAUGUCAAACAUUUGUUUACGGGGGCUGCUAUGGAAAUGAAAACAGAUUUGUUGAUAAAAAUUCCUGUAGCAACUACUGUGAGCCGCAGAAAAGCACACCCACUAUCUGCAUUGAUCCAAUGGAUCAGGGAUCCUGUUCUGCUUCUAUACCCCGAUAUUACUACAAUCCAAUCAUAAAAUCAUGUGUGGAAUUUAUAUAUACAGGAUGUGGAGGGAAUACCAAUAAUUUCUCUACCAAGCAGUCUUGUAAGUCCAUGUGCAUGAAAGGAACAAAGAGGAUGGAUUUGGGGAAGAUGAGAUGGAAACCCAGAAGAAAACAAAUUAUAAAAACAAACUACUGAAGAUUACAGGGCAGCAUGACACCGAAAUCGAAUCUAACAAGAGCAUUACACGCUCGCUUUUGAUUUGUGUUUUAAACUGUGUCGUUUUGUUUUAUCUUGCAUGUCUUUUAAAUCAAUUUAAAAUAAAUAUGAUAUACUUUUUUCUAGUUUGCCAUACAUUAUUCUAUGUAAAAUAAGUUUUAAACUACAAUCCCAGACACACGUCAAAGUAGCUCUUUUUUUUGCACUGGAUAAGAAAUAUAUGUUGAAUUUGUAUUUAAACAAGUGGUGCAAUGUAGAUUCCCGUUGAUUUAGAUUAAAAAUGAUUUGUUUCUAAGGCAUUUCAAUUCUAUGAAAAAAACUGACGCGUUUUACAAUAAACAUUGAAUAUUCAGUUUCUAUCUGAAUAAAAUACAAUUAAUUACAAUUGAUCCAUAUAGUCCUCAUUUCUUCUAGAAGAUUAAGCAUGACCCUUGUAAUACAUUUGCACAAAAUUAGUUUCUUUGGACCACUUCAGAUUUCAGAACUUUUAUAAUGUAUGUAUUUUACUGCUGCUAUAUCAAUACUGUAUGUGUGUGUGUGUGUGUAUAUAUAUAUAUAUAUAUAUAUAUAUAUAUAAUGCAGUACAUGUUUAACAUAUUACACAGUAUUUUUCAAUAUCAAUCGAAAUACUACUAUUAAAGAUCUUGGAUAUAGAUGCAUCCCUUUAUGUUUUAAAAGUAUGUAAUAUGCCAAGGACUUUCCUCAGUAUUUAAAUAUGAAUGCAUCUCUGUACCUGAACUAUAUGGGAAAUAUUUCAGUAUUAUACAUGCUGUGAUAUUUUUUCAAAUAUAUAUUUUUAUGUAUUAAUAUUUUUUAUUCAACAUUAAAUGUAACUAUGA